UGGUGUUUGGGACUCUUGGGCUUUCCUAUUCAACAGUUACAGGGAGAAAAGCAGACCCUUUGCUUAAAGAAACAGUACCUUUCUUGGGAGCUGCCUUUACCUUUGAGGCGUUCACACUUUGGUGAGCUGGGGUACUCUGCAGCAUGCCAGGUGCCCACAAACCUGGCUUGGUGCCUUCUAUUACGCAUUGAUACUGUGUUCUUUGCUCAUGUGUUCACACUGGGUUCUGUUUGCUACACUCCACCCACCCCCUACCUUUUUUUAAACCCCUACUGAAACCGUGGGAAAUUGGGAAGUUCUGAAUUUGUAUUUGGAAAACAUGAUGCUCUUAGUGAGACCAGAAGAAUCAAAAUAGCCCUAACUUUGUAGGGGCCAGAUUAAGAAAACCCAAGGGUGAGUGUCAUAGCAGUUCUUACACUGCCCUGACUCUGGAUCAGGGCCCUCCCAUGAUUCUAGAUAUUACAUCAUUUCAUUUCAGCUAAUGUAAACACUCAGCACCCUACAUGUUGCAGGAUUUUUCACUACACUUUGAGAUUGGGCUUCACUUGGUGGGUCGUUGAGGUGAUUAAUGGUUUCAGAAGGAAGUGCAGCAGGAAGAAGCUUCGCAGGAAUGGAAGAGGUGCGGCAGCACCAUCUGAGAUUCUGCAGAGGGAUUAAGAUUUGGCACUGGGCUUGGUUUCUGUGCAGCCUCUUAGGCAGAGAGCCUCAGGAGAGGGAAGCAGGCUGUCAGCUGGGGCUUUGCACACUCUCAGCCUGCCUUGAGGGUUGGUUGGCUUCCCCCAUCUCUGCAGUACCCAAGUUUGCAUUGGUAAACGAAGGAUGCAGAUGCUAGAGGCUUAAAGACGACCAGAUCUACAAUCCAGUAAGACGAGGAGAAGAAAUAGAAGAUACAAUUGGAUCUCUUAUCCAUUUCUUCAGAAAGCUCCCAGCCUCUGAAAUAACCCAUGGAAGGAUUAGCAGUGGUCCAUGCUUAAAGCAAUGUGUCCAAGACACUGUAUGUGAGUAUCGCGCCACCCUCCAAAGGACUUCCAUAUCUCAGUACAUCACCGGGUCUCUCCUAGAAGCAACCACAUCUUUAGGAGCAAGAAGUGGCCUUCUCAGUACUUUUGGAGGAUCCACUGGACGAAUGAUGCUGAAAGAGCGCCAACCAGGCACCUCCAUGGCUAAUUCCAAUGCCCUCCCUUCAAGUACAGCUGGGAUCAGCAAGGAACUGAUUGAUCUGCAGCCUCUCAUCCAGUUCCCAGAGGAAGUUGCCAGCAUCCUGAUGGAGCAGGAGCAGAAUAUUUACCGAAGGGUCUUGCCGGUUGACUACCUUUGCUUCUUAACCCGGGACUUAGGUACUUCCGAAUGCCAGAGGUCCCUGCCCUGCCUCAAAGCAUCCAUCUCAGCAUCAAUUCUUACAUCCCAGUAUGGAGAGCACAAUACCCUUGAAGAUCUUGUGAUGAGAUUUAAUGAGGUGAGCUCCUGGGUGACGUGGCUGAUCCUCGCGGCAGGCUCCAUGGAGGAGAAGCGGGAAGUCUUUUCGUAUUUGGUGCAUGUGGCCAAAUGCUGCUGGAACAUGGGCAACUACAACGCUGUCAUGGAGUUCUUGGCUGGCCUCAGGUCAAGAAAAGUCCUAAAAAUGUGGCAGUUUAUGGACCAGUCUGACAUUGAGACCAUGAGGAGCCUGAAGGAUGCCAUGGCUCAGCACGAAUCAUCCUGCGAGUACAAGAAGGUGGUGACCCGGGCGUUGCACAUUCCUGGCUGUAAGGUGGUUCCAUUCUGUGGGGUGUUUCUGAAGGAGCUCUGCGAAGUCCUUGAUGGAGCCUCUGGCCUCAUGAAGCUUUGCCCACGAUACAACUCCCAAGAAGAGACUUUAGAGUUUGUAGCGGAUUACAAUGGACAAGAUAAUUUCUUACAACGAGUGGGACAAAAUGGCUUAAAGAAUUCAGAGAAGGAGUCCACCGUCAAUAGCAUCUUUCAGAUUAUCAGGAGCUGCAGUCGAAGCCUGGAGGCGGAGGAGGAAAGCAGCCCCAGUGAAGGAAACAGCUCCAGGAAAAAUUCCUUGAAGGAUAAAACUCGGUGGCAGUUUAUAAUUGGAGAUCUGUUGGAUUCAGAAAAUGACACCUUUGAGCAGUCCAAAGAAUGGGACCCACAUGGAGCAGAAGAGCCACUGAAGGCCUUCGACCACGGCACGGAGCUCAUCCCCUGGUAUGUGCUGUCCAUCCGAGCUGACGUGCACCAGUUCCUGCUACAGGGAGCCACAGUCAUCCACUAUGACCAGGACACGCACCUCUCUGCCCGCUGCUUCCUCCAGCUUCAGCCUGACAAUAGCACCUUGACCUGGAUAAAGCCCAUCACUGCCUCCCCAGCCAGCGCUAAAGCCAAAUUUGGUGUGCUUAGUAAUACAGUCGAACCUGGCAAAUUCCCGUUACUGGGCAGUGCUGGAGUAAGCGGACUGGCAGAGGGAGUCUUGGAUUUGUUUUCAGCCAAAGCUGUGUACAUGGGACACCCGGGCAUUGAUAUACACACUGUGUGUGUUCAGAACAAACUGGAUAGCAUGCUUCUCUCAGAGACUGGUGUGACGCUGCUGUAUGGACUUCAGACCACGGACAAUAGAUUAUUGCACUUUGUGGCACCAAAGCACACAGCCAGAAUGCUCUUCAGCGGAUUGUUGGCACUCACUAGAGCUGUGAGAAAGAUGAGGAGGUUCCCUGACCAGAGACUGCAGUGGCUGCGGAAACAGUACGUCAGCCUCUAUCAGGAGGAUGGACGAUAUGAAGGCCCAACUUUGGCUCACGCUGUGGAGUUGUUUGGAGGCAGACGAUGGAGUACUCGAAAUCCCAGCCCUGGGACAUCAGCCAAGAGUGCUGAGAAGCCCAACAUGCAGAGAAACAACACCCUGGGCAUAAGCACCACCAAGAAAAAGAAGAAAAUUCUCAUGAGGGGUGAGAGUGGAGAGGUAACUGACGAUGAGAUGGCAACCAGGAAGGCCAAAACGUACAAGGAGUGUCGAAGCCGGAGUGGUUCUGAUCCUCAAGAUAUUAAUGAACAAGAAGAAUCAGAGACAAAUGCCAUCACCAGCCCUCCUAACCUUCUCCCUUCCAGAAGAGCCCACUCUUUGACCACGGCUGGGUCCCCUAGCUUGGCUGCCGGGACAUCAUCUCCCAUCAGGCCAGUGUCCUCCCCUGUGCUGUCUUCUUCAAACAAGAGCCCGUCCAGUGCUUGGAGCAGCAGCAGCUGGCACGGGCGGAUCAAAGGAGGAAUGCAGGGUUUCCAGAACUUCAUGGUUUCAGACAGUAACAUGAGUUUUGUUGAAUUCGUUGAGCUGUUUAAAUCAUUCAGUGUAAGGAGCCGGAAGGACCUCAAGGAUCUUUUUGAUGUCUACGCGGUACCCUGCAGCCGAUUGAGCUCCGAAUCUGCCCCGCUCUACACCAACUUGACAAUUGAGGAAAACACCAGUGGUCUUCAGCCUGACUUAGAUUUGUUGACCAGAAAUGUCUCGGAUUUGGGGUUGUUCAUUAAAAGUAAACAACAGCUUUCAGACAACCAGAGGCAGAUAUCUGAUGCCAUCGCAGCUGCAAGUAUUGUGACAAAUGGGACUGGGAUUGAGAGCACGUCCCUGGGCAUAUUUGGAGUUGGCAUACUCCAGCUCAAUGACUUCCUAGUGAAUUGCCAAGGAGAACACUGCACUUAUGAUGAAAUCCUCAGCAUCAUUCAGAAAUUUGAGCCUAACGUUAGUAUGUGUCACCAGGGCCUAAUGUCAUUUGAGGGAUUCGCAAGGUUCCUGAUGGAUAAAGAUAAUUUUGCCUCAAAAAAUGAUGAGUCACAGGAGAAUGUUAAAGAAUUGCAGCUACCCCUCUCCUACUACUACAUUGAAUCUUCACACAAUACCUACCUCACAGGCCAUCAGCUCAAAGGAGAGUCCUCAGUAGAACUCUACAGCCAGGUUCUUCUGCAAGGCUGUAGGAGCGUGGAGUUGGACUGCUGGGAUGGAGAUGAUGGGAUGCCAAUCAUUUAUCAUGGACAUACACUGACAACCAAGAUCCCCUUCAAGGAAGUGGUCGAAGCCAUCAAUCGCAGCGCCUUCGUCAACUCUGACCUGCCAAUCAUCAUAUCGAUUGAGAACCACUGUUCAUUGCCUCAGCAACGGAAAAUGGCAGAAAUCUUCAAGACUGUGUUUGGAGAAAAGCUGGUGGCUAAAUUCUUAUUUGAGAGUGAUUUCUCAGAUGAUCCAAUGCUUCCCUCAGCUGACCAACUAAGGAGGAAAGUCCUCCUCAAAAACAAGAAGCUAAAAGCCCACCAGACACCAGUGGAUAUUUUAAAGCAAAAGGCUCAUCAGUUAGCGUCCAUGCAAGCUCAGGCUUAUAAUGGUGGGAAUGCCAAUCCUCCACCUGCUAAUAAUGAGGAAGAGGAGGACGAAGAGGAUGAAUAUGACUAUGACUAUGAGUCCCUCUCUGAUGACAACAUUCUGGAAGACAGACCUGAAAAUAAAUCAUGUAAUGACAAGCUUCAGUUUGAGUAUAAUGAAGAAAUCCCUAAGAGGAUAAAGAAAGCAGAUAACUCUGCUUGCAACAAAGGAAAGGUUUAUGACAUGGAGCUGGGUGAAGAAUUUUACCUUCCUCAGAACAAAAAGGAAAGCCGACAGAUUGCACCAGAGCUUUCUGACCUUGUCAUCUAUUGCCAAGCAGUAAAAUUUCCAGGCCUGUCAACUCUAAAUGCACCUGGCUCUAGCAGAGGAAAAGAAAGGAAAAGCAGGAAGUCCAUUUUUGGCAAUAAUCCGGGCAGAAUGAGCCCAGGGGAGACAGCAUCCUUUAACAAAACAUCUGGAAAAAGUUCUUUCGAAGGAAUACGCCAGACCUGGGAAGAAUCGUCUUCCCCUCUUAACUCAACCACAUCCCUCAGCGCAAUCAUUAGAACUCCCAGAUGUUAUCAUAUCUCGUCGCUGAAUGAAAAUGCUGCCAAGCGUCUGUGUCGCAGGUAUUCUCAGAAACUGAUCCAGCACACCACCUGCCAGCUGCUGAGGGCAUACCCCGCUGCCACCCGCAUUGACUCUUCCAACCCCAACCCUCUCAUGUUCUGGCUUCAUGGGAUCCAGCUCGUUGCACUGAACUACCAAACAGAAGAUCUCCCUUUACAUUUAAAUGCUGCAAUGUUUGAGGCUAACGGUGGCUGUGGUUAUGUUUUGAAACCUCCAGUUCUGUGGGACAAGAACUGUCCCAUGUAUCAGAAGUUUUCUCCAUUGGAACGUGACCUGGAAAACAUGGAGCCUGCCAUCUAUGCUUUAACUAUUGUCUCUGGUCAAAAUGUGUGCCCUAGCAACAGCACAGGAAGCCCAUGUAUUGAAGUUGACGUCCUGGGCAUGCCCCUAGACAGCUGCCAUUUCCGCACGAAGCCCAUCCACCGAAACACUCUGAACCCCAUGUGGAAUGAGCAGUUUCUCUUCCGAGUUCACUUUGAAGAUCUUGUAUUUCUUCGUUUUGCAGUGGUGGAAAACAACAGCUCGGCAGUAACUGCUCAGAGAAUCAUUCCACUCAAGGCCUUAAAACGAGGAUAUCGACACCUUCAGCUGCGAAACCUCCACAAUGAAGUCUUGGAAAUUUCCAGUUUAUUCAUAAACAGCAGAAGGAUGGAAGAAAAUUCCUCCAGCAGUACCAUACCAGCCUCUUUGAUGUUUAAUACAGAAGAAAGAAAAUGUUUGCAGACACACAGAGUCACAGUGCACGGGGUCCCAGGUCCAGAGCCCUUUACCGUUUUCACUAUAAAUGGAGGCACCAAGGCAAAGCAGCUUCUCCACCAAAUUUGGACGACUGAGCAAGGCACCAAACCUAUCACUACAGACUAUUUUUUGAUGGAAGAAAAGUAUUUUAUACCUAAAGAAAAGCAUGAAUGCAGGAAACAGCCGUUCCAGAGAGCCAUUGGUCCCGAAGAAGAGAUCGUGCAGGUUUUAAGCAGCUGGUUUCCAGAAGAGGGAUACGUUGGCAGGAUUGUCUUAAAAACCCAGCAGCAGGAAGUAAAAGAGAAAAGCAUUGUUCAAGACGACAGAGAGGUGACCUUCAGCUCAGAGGAGGAGAGUUUCUUUGUGCAAGUGCACGAUGUUUCUCCCGAGCAACCCCGAACUGUCAUCAAAGCGCCCCGUGUCAGCACUGCACAGGACGUCAUUCAGCAGACCCUAUGCAAAGCCAAAUAUUCCUACAGCAUUCUGAGCAACCCCAACCCAAGUGACUAUGUACUAAUGGAAGAGGUGGUGAAAGACCCUGCCAACAAGAAGUCUUCUACCCCAAAGUCCUCCCAGCGGGUCCUUUCGGAUCAGGAGUGUGUGUUCCAAGCCCAAAGCAAGUGGAAAGGUGCAGGAAAAUUCAUCCUUAAGCUAAAGGAGCAAGUGCAGGCAUCCCGAGAAGAUAAAAGGAAAGGCAUUUCGUUUGCAAGUGAACUCAAGAAGCUCACCAAGUCAACGAAACAGCCACGAGGACUUACAUCACCAUCUCAACUCUCAGCCUCAGAAAGUGUCCCAAGCAAGGAGGAAAAACCUAUGGGCAGCUUCGCCUCAAGUGAUGUGAUGGACUGUCGGCAGUGACCAAGGGCAGUGUGUCACCCAGGUAAACCAGGUCAUUGCAGCAUUCUGAAACACGGCUUAACUUAAACUAC